UUUAUUCCAUCCGCAACCAAACAGUCCCACUCCUGCGCAUCUUUUUUGAAGGGGGUGACACAUGGCCUGAUUUCCGGCUAAGUCAUGCAUCCAUUACAGCCCUUUUCCAGCUGCUGGAGGGGGAUUCAUGGGUGGGGUCCAACCAUUGAAAAACUGGUCUUCUUUUUCUGGCUGGACAGUGGAAGCUCCUACCUUGUGGUGUCCAGGGCAUUUGACACCACAUGUAAUUAGUGUCCCAAAAACCUUGGAUGCACAAAGGGAGGUGGGUGAGGGUUUCAGGCAACUGGCAGGGCAUACAGCUUUUCAAUGGUCAGUGGGUUCCAUUGAUGGAUGUCACAUCCGUAUCAAAGCACCUGGAGAACCCCAUGCCCAGUGCUACAGAAACCGCAAACUGUUUCCCUCAAUCCAGCUGCAGGCUGUAUGUGACCACAGACCCAGGUUUAUUGAUGUCUUAGUUGGCUCUGUCCAUGACUCCAGAGUCCUCCGACACAGCCCCCUGUAUCACAGUGGGGCAUACCCACCACCGGGACACUUCCUCCUGGGUGAUGGAGGCUACCCCUGUUUGGAGAGGCCCAUUGCCCUGUUGACACCCUUCCAGCAGCCUGUAAGAGGAGUGGCACACCAGAGGUUUAAUGCGCAUCAUGUCAAAGUCGGCACAGAGCGAGCAUUUGGCAUCAUGAAGGCCAGGUGGAGGGCCAUCUUCUUCCACGCCCUGGAGGUCGACACGUCAUUCGUUCCAGAUGUUGUGAUGGCAUGCACCAUACUGCAUAACAUCUAUGACAUUAUGCCAUUAUUUUUCUAUAUUCUUGUUCAACACAUUCAAUACUAA